AUGACAUCCUCCAGUGGUGCACUAAAUGAGGAGCUCCAGUGCUCCAUCUGUCUGGAUGUGUUCACUGAUCCAGUCACCACUCCAUGUGGACACAACUUCUGCAGAACCUGCCUGAACAAGUGCUGGACAAACACACAGACCUGCUUCUGUCCAUCCUGUAAAGAAACAUUCAGCAGAAGACCUGACCUUGAGAUUAACACAACCAGUGGCACCGCAAUGGGGGGGGAGAGUUUUGCGCAACACUUCAAGGAGAAGCUCAAUCUAGGAGAAUCUGAGGUGUUGUGUGACAUCUGUGAUGGAAGAAAGCAGAAAGCUGUGAAGUCCUGCCUGACGUGUCAAAGCUCUUACUGUGAGACUCACCUGGAGCCUCAUCACAGAGUCCAUCGUCUAAAGAAACACACACUGAUCAACGCUGUGGAAAAUCUGGAGGAUUAUAUAUGCCAGAAACAUGAGAGACCUCUGGAGCUGUUCUGCAGAGAUGAUCAGACGAGUGUGUGUCUGUCCUGCACUGAAGGAGACCACAGGACUCACAACACUGUUCCUAUAGAGGAGGAGAGUCGAGAGAAGAAGAAUCAGCUGCUUCAGACACAGACAGACGUGCAGCAGAUGAUCCAGAACAGAAUGAAGAAGAUUCAAGAAAUCCAGCACUCAGUAGAGCUGAGGAAGAGAAACACCGAGAAAGAGAAAUCAGCCAGUGUUGAGCUCUUCACUGAUCUGAUCCGCUCCAUUGAGAGAUGUCAGUCUGAGCUACUGCUGAUGAUGGAGGAACAGCAGAAAGCAGCAGAGAAACAGGCUGAAGAUCUCAUUAAAGAGCUGCAGCAGGAAAUCACUGAUCUGAAGAAGAGAAACACUGAGCUGGAGCAGAUCUCACACACUGACGAUCAUCUCCAUGUCAUACAGAUCUUCUCUUCCCUAUACAGCCGUCCACACAAGAACUGGACUGAGAUCAGUAUUGACUCUGAUGUGAAUGUGCUCCCUAUGAAUAAAGCUCUGACUCUAGUGAAGAAAACUCAUGAGACACUAAAAAAAAAUCUCAGUCAAACUGUGUUGAAGUGUGUACUGAAGUUUUCAGUGGAUGUGACUCUGGAUCCUGAUACAGUGAAUCCAUAUCUCAUCUUGUCUGAUGAUGGAAAACAAGUCAGUCUUGGAGAUAUUGAGCAGGAUGCCCCAGAAAACCCAAAGAGAUUUGAUGUCGGUUUAUGUGUUCUGGCAAAGCAGGGAUUCAGUUCAGGCAGAUUUUACUAUGAGGUGCAGGUGAAGGGAAAGACUGAGUGGAGUUUAGGAGUGGCCAGAGAAUCCAUUAACAGGAAGGAGAUGAUCACACUGGCACCUGAGGAUGGAUUCUGGACUGUUAUUGUGAAGAAUGAGAAUCAGUAUAUAGUUUUUGAUAAUCCAGUGGUUAUGUUCUCACUGAGAGUGAAACCUGAGAUUGUGGGAGUGUUUGUGGAUUAUGAGGAGGGUCUGGUCUCUUUUUAUGACGUGGGCUCCAGAUCUCAUAUCUACUCUUUCACUGGUCAGACUUUCAGUGACAAACUCUAUCCAUAUUUUAGUCCAGGCCUUAAUGAAGGAGGUAAAAACUCAAAACCACUGAUAAUCACACCUGUCAAAAUAAAAAAAGAAUCAAUUCCUCUAGAAUAUGGAAAAUGA